AUGUUUCGCGCCCGACGCUACCGCAUUUUGCUCGUAUUUGCGGCGGCCUUUGUGUUGACCUUUCUCCAUUUCUCUCGGUCGCGCGACUGGAACUACACCGUGAUCGAAGACCCCGCAAAGACCCCCUCGCCUGGUUCUGGGCACCCGAACACUCGUCCGGAGACGAGGCCACUUCCUGUUCCUGCAGAGGAGAGCAAGCAACUCCCCCCCCGCGCCCAAUCACGGCUCCAGCUCAGCAGUAAGCAAUUAGAAGCUGGUUCGAAGAGCAAUGCGGCCGAGAAAGUUUCCAGCAAGAUCAACUCGGAUGACUCGAUAAAGGCCAGCGUUGACAAGCAGUCGCCUUCGAAACCAGAGGCUGGAUCCUCGAGCUUAGGGAGCUCGCUCUUCUUGCAGGUCGAGGAGAUCGAUCAUGGAGGCACGGGCAGAGUCUCGGUGGAGCACCCCGAGAAGGGUGUGUCGAGACAUUGGCAGAAGUUCCCUGAAAAGUUCCCCGUACCCUCAGGCGAGCUGAUCAAGCUGCCCAAGGAGCGCCCUAAGGCUAUUCCCAAGCUACAGGCCAAAUUCAAGGAUGAAUCGACAGUUGAAAAACAGCAGCGGCUGCAGCAACUGAGCGCCGUCAAGGCCGAAUUCAAGCACGCAUGGGCUGGAUACAAGAAGGCUGCGAUGGGGCACGACGAGGUCAAGCCUUUGACCGCUGGAAUUGAUGAUCCCUUUAAUGGCUGGGGCGCGACUUUAGUGGAUUCUCUCGAUACGCUCUGGAUCAUGGAUUUGAAGGAUGAAUUCUCCGAGGCGGUGAAAGCCAUCAAGAAGAUUGACUUUACCACCUCAGCCAGGGAGGAUAUACCAGUCUUCGAGACUGUAAUCCGGUACUUGGGAGGUUUGAUUGGUGCGUAUGAUAUCUCAGGCCAAAAAUAUUCCGAACUCUUGGAAAAGGCAGAGGAACUUGCCGAGAUCUUGAUUGGCGCCUUUGAUACCCCAAAUCGCAUGCCGGUUCUAUAUUACCGCUGGACACCAGACCACGUUGCCCGGCCUCACCGAGCCUCAGCCAAGGCUGCCCUGGCCGAAAUUGGUUCAUUGUCUUUGGAGUUUACCCGAUUGGCGCAACUGACCAAGGAAGAUAAAUACUAUGACGCGAUCGCCCGCAUCACGAAUGAAUUGGAGCAGCUUCAAGACCACACUAAUAUACCCGGCUUCCGUGACAUUGGUACCCCCACGCGCCAGGGGAAUCGCCGAAAGAUACACGCUUCGUCUUUUACAACCUCUGCCACCUCUGCCACAACGUCCACAACUGCCGAACCUACCACAGCCACCCGAAAGCCGGUCGCUGUGCCGACUGAUCUUGACAGUUAUCUGCGGUUGAUUCAGCGCGAUGGCUCAAUCGACUAUUCUCAAUCGGAGCCCGCGGUCUACAGUCACAGUGGAAGUCAUGCACAAGAUUUCACGACAGCAGACAAGUGUGACGGUGGAUUGGAGCUGCCCCUUUCGCAACGCGAUAACAAGUAUGGCUUGGGAGCUUUGGCCGACUCGACCUACGAGUAUCUGCCUAAGGAGCAUUUGCUGCUGGGUGGUGUGAAUGAGCAGUACAAGAAUAUGUAUAAGAAGGCGAUGGACGCUGCCCGCAAGACUCUUCUCUUCCGACCUAUGUUGAAGGGUGAACGCGACCUUCGGUUCAUGGCAUCUACAAGCUCACUGAACCCCGAAACCAAGGAGCCACCUCUUCCAAGCCAAAUGAUCUACGAGGGAACCCAUCUGCAAUGUUUCCUUGGAGGCAUGUUGGCUGUUGGAUCCAAGGCUUUCGGCAUUGAAAGCGACAUGGAAAUUGCUUACAAACUGACUGACGCCUGUGUCUGGGCCUACGAGGCGACGAACACCGGACUUAUGCCGGAAAGAUUCCGAGUUUUGCCCUGCGGUAAGGACAAGUCCUGUGAAUGGGACGAAGCUCGCUAUGAAAAGGAAGCGCAGCGCUACUCUUCCGUUCUUGACGCCGAGGCGCAAGCUCGCUUCCGCACUAGCGAAAGUGCAUACGGACAGCGCGUGAAACUAAAUGAAGACAACAAAGCACAAGAUCUUGGUGCGGGUGGCACGUCCAUUCCUCUUCCCAUGCCAGGAUCCAUGAACCCGCAUGACGAGGAUCCUUUACUCAAGCGUGAUUCUUUUGAAAUCGGGAGAACAGCCCCGAGUCCAUCCCCUCUACCCCGGACUGCCGCCGACAGUGAAAGACUUGAUAAUCGCGAUGCGCCUCAAUCGCCUCGUCUUCCCCAGUCACCGGCCCUAUCGCAGGCCGAGGGCAAUGAGCGACACGACCGCAUCCCGGCCGGCAUGACGAGCAUUUUGGCUCCGGAGUACUUCCUCCGUCCCGAGGCCAUUGAGUCGGUGUUCAUCAUGUUCCGCCUGACAGGCGACAAUUACUGGCGAGUCAAGGGGUGGAAGAUGUUCGAGGCUGUUGCGAAGAACACACGUAGCGAACUCGCGCAUGCGGCAGUUAAGGACGUCACAUCGCAGAAGCCUACCCAGAAGGACUCGAUGGAGUCAUUCUGGCUAGCAGAGACACUCAAGUACUUUUACCUGCUCUUCAGUGAUCCUAGUGUGGUGGAUUUGGAUAAAUACGUAUUGUGA